UUGUUGCUAGCGUUCGUUCACUUUCCAUCAGAAUGCCUCCGAAGCAUCAUAAGCCUAUCAAGGCCAAGGCAAGGAGGAAUGCCGAGGCUGAUGAGGACCAGGAUGAAAAUAGCCUAUCCCUUCCUCAACUACAGAACUUCAUCAGGAGGGACCCCCAGGCGUAUAUUGAGGAUUACCGUCGACAGUUCGAGCAUUUCCGAUCAACUGCUGAGACCCUCCAGUUGAGGCCUGGGCGACCCCAGAAGAGCUUCAACGAGCUCACUAUGUUCAUCGCCCAUGUGUUCCACUGCUAUCCUAAUCUUCGUGAGGAGCUCAACUUCCCGGAGAUGCUCUUACGUUACCUGAGCAAAGAUCCUCAACAACUCCAUCCUGAGGCCAGGCGGUCGAUGGUCGGUGCAUUGCUCCUCAUACGAUCUCGUGGUAUGAUACCUUUGAUGAAGAUCCUCCCCACCUUGUUCCGACUCUUCGCCUGUGAUGAUAAGGAGCUGCGCCGGACCCUUCAAAAGUCUCUACUGAGCGACAUCAUCAACUCUACCUCAACCAUGGGCAAGGCAGCUGGGAAGAAGAGGAAGCGUCGCCUUAAUAGAGGGAAUGAUGGUGCGGACACUUCCAAGGCUGAGGAGAAGACCACGAAGUAUCUUGAUCCAGCUCCUGGCCUCUUACGAAAAGAUGUUCAGAACUUCUUGGUACAGCAGAUCAAUAAGAACUCGGGCAAGGGAGCAACGUCUGCCAGUAAUGAGGCCCUAUUGAGAGGUGCUGCCGGCCUUAUGAUCGGCCUGUACAUGAAGCGAGCCUGGAGGGAUAGCUCAGCUGUCAAUGCUCUGGCCGAAGUCUGUCUGCUUACUGGCUCUGAAGCCGCCAACAAGGUCAGCACAGCGGCAGUGCACCUCUUCUUGGGCAACAACUUCCUAGCAAAAAUGACUGCCUCUGGAGACGGUCAUGAUUCCGAGGCUGAGGAGGCUGAGGCUGCUCAGAAGGAGGUUGAUAGAGUAGCACAGGAGAUGACUGGUGCUGGCAAGAAGACCAAGGGCAAGACUAAGCGGCUCGAGAGGGCUAAGAAGGCUGCUGAGAAGAAGAGGAAGGAGAUAGAGGGCAAGGGUGACGUUGGGAGUACCGACUUCACCGCCAUUGAUCUACUUCACGAUCCUCAGAACUUCGCAGAACGCCUCCUCCAGCGCUGUGCUGCUCAGGGGAAUGAUGCAAUCACCUUCACCAAGAGGUCGCUACUCCUAUCCCUUUGCUGUCGACUGGUUGGUAGACAUGAGCUCAUCCUCCUCAACUUAUACCCCUUCUUACAGCGUCACUUGAAGCCUAGCAAUAGGGAUGUCACUAAGACCCUUGCCUGCCUCGCUACGGCUUGCCACCCCCAGGUACCGCCUACAGAGCUCCAGCCUGUAGUACGUCACGUUAUCAACAACUUCAUUUCGGAGAGCUCUCCCGCGGAAGUGAUGGCGGUCGGCCUCAAUGCCGUUCGUGAGAUAUGUUCUCGAGCUCCUCUGGCUCUGGACUCGGACCAACUGGCUGACUUGAUCGAAUAUAGGAAGUACCGUCAGUCGAAGUCUGUGGCUAUCGCCGGUAGAGCCUUGAUGAACCUGUAUAGAGAAGUAUACCCAUCGAUGCUGCAGAGAUCCUUGAGAGGAAAGGAGGCUAGUGAGGCCAUCUCCAAGGGAGUCGACUCCCGUCCAGAAUAUGGCAGGGAGGAAGUGGCUGAUGAUGUCUAUGGUGCUUCCUUGCUCAAUCGGGAUGAUCUUCUUGAUGAGGAUGAUGAGGGUGGCAGUGAUGAUGAUGAUGAAGAGGAGGAGGAGGGCGAGCUGGAAAUAGCCUCAGAUGCUCUUGAGGAAACGGAUGAAGAGGAGGAGGAGGAAGAAGGAGAUGAUGCAGCUCCCGAAGAGGCGAGUGAUGCUGGAGAAGACGAGGCGGAGGAGGAAGAGGAAGGAGAAGAGAGGCCCGCUAAACGUGCCAAGUUGGCAGCUGAGGUCGUCCUUGGCGAUGACGACUUCAAGAAUCUCCGCAAGUUACGGUUACGACAAGCUAUGCAGCUCCAGCUUGGUAAUGAGGACGCUCGGAAGGAGUACGAGGAAGAGGCUGGCAAUCUAUAUUCGAGUGACGAUGAGGGAAGCUCAAGCGAGUCCGAUGAAGAUGAGGCGAGAGGCGAUGCAGCUGACUGGCUGGUGAACCCCGAGAGUCUGCUGGGGGCGAAGAAGGUCCAUGGACAGAAUAAGAUGACGAAGAAGCAGGAGAAGAUAUUGGCUGUGAAGGAGGGUCGAGAGAGCAAGGACCAUUUCAAGAAUAGAGACCGUCGAGGUGGCACUACUAAUAAGGAAAAGCGACGCAAUAAGCCUAUGAUGAUGGGGAUGAACAGCGAACGUAUUAAGAACAGGCGCCAGAUGAGGGCAUCGGAUAAGCUGAAGAAUCUCCAAGCACACGUUCGAACAUUGAAGAAGCAAGUUGGACCGCAGAAGAGGCGCCGCAAGUAGUAGUAGUAGUAGACCGCUAAGGACGGGUAACGUCUAUGGGGUGAUAUUACCGCUAUCUCGUCGGCUCGACUGACGUCUAUUGUAACGUAUGUUUCUCACAACUACUUUACCACGUUCUACUACCAGUAAUGGCUAACAUUUUGGACGAUCCUA